AUGAGCCCUGUGAAAACAUGCGUCGUAUUGACAUCGUCAAUGGUCUCCAUCACGGAGCAAAAGUACGAAAUUGGUCAUCUUAAGCAGCUAUUGGAUGGCAAUAAGAUUAUCUAUACGGAGGUGGACUGUAGCCUUGAGGAAAACCGUGACACGCGCAACCGCUACUUCCAGGCCAGCGGUAUCCGUGCCAACUACCCACAAGUCUUUUUGCAGGACGCGGAAGGCAAGAAUAUUCAGUACAUUGGCUCGUUCAAAGAGAUUCAGGAACUGAAUGAGCUGAAUGACGUUUCGCCUGAAAUUUUAAAGGCCAACAAUCUUGCGACGCUCGACAGCGUCUUUGCAGACGUGUUGAGACGAACUUGA